UGUUGUGUCUUUAACAUGUAUAUUUUUACAUGUUAACAGUUUUUGAAAAUCCAGUACAUAGGCCAGAUGGUGUCUGAGUGAUAAUUUGUCACUUUAAAACGAUGUCAUCAUCGACGUCCUGUGACACGUCUCAAAAAAGGACUCUCACGAGUCUUCUUGCUGGUCGUGUUGUAAAGCAGCCGAAGCAGGAGGAUGUCCAGGGGCUGCAAGAGGCAGCGAUCCAUCUGUUGAACCAGCACCUGAACCUCUCUAGCUUGCUUCUCGAGGUGGGGGAGAAUGCAGAACAGAAAAAGACACCUGACGACCUUCUACCAGCCAUUUCCGGAUCACUCCUGGAGUCUGAGCUUAGGCGUCAGGCUGGGGUGCUGGGUAUCCCAGUGGUGGGUUUGUCAGUAAAGUUAGUACUGGACAGACUGAAGGAGAUAACUGCAGCUGAAGAGGAAGACAAGAGAACGGUACUUCUCCCAUUCUCUCAGCGAGUCCAGCUGUGUACCCUGCUACAGUCCACUAAGGAGUUACUGUCUCUGGGAUCCUUCUGUCCCAAGCUUUUCUGGCAAGAGUACUGGAAGGAUAAGAAACAGCCCAAGCUGGAGGUGGUACACCAUCUUCAUUCUUACAACAUCCUCUCCUUCAAGUACAUUUUGGAGCGUGCUGAAGGGAUUAAGUCAUGGUUGGUGUCUGAGUUGAAGGCUCUCUGUAGUUGGACAGCUCCACAAGUCCAACAAGAAGAGAAACAAAUCCGACAAGAAGUUCUAUCAACUGUCUUGGCAGUUUUGGUGGGAACAGGAUUCGAAGACAGUCUGGACCUGGCGGCACCAAACAAGAGAACCUGCCUGCUCUGCUCCUCAGUAAUGGAUGACAUGCUCUCCUGGCUUUUGGACACCUUGGAUAAGACACAGACCCAACAGUCUGAUGAAGCAGCGGCUGUACUAUGGAUACAGCUGUUUGAUGCAUCGUUGUGUGGCGUGUAUGCAUCACCAGAAAGCCUACAUCGUUUUUUCAAACAAUCCCUCACAUACACUCUUACCUAUAAACCUAGACUUAAAGUUUCAGAUGCCAUUGCCAAGCAGAAUGAGUGGAGCUUUGCUAAAAUCAGCCGGUUAUUAACAUCUCUGUUUCAUAAGCUGGCUGUGAUCUUCAGUAUAGAGGAGCUGCUGUGUCACCUGGAGCAGGUGUUAGAGACCCAUGAAGUCAACUGGAAAAAUGUCCUGUCCUUCCUGUCAGCUCUACUGGUGUAUAACCCUAACACUCAGGCUGGCCUCAGAGACCUUCUGUCCAGGCUGCUGAGCUUGGCAUUUCAAAGCUAUGACUCGGAGAACAUCGUCACUGCCUUCCUGUUGGCUCGCCAGGGGGCGCUGGAGGGACCCAGCUUCUUCCCCUCAUAUAGCGACUGGUUCAAGAUGUCUUUUGGGGGAGUAAGUGGUUACCAUGGAAGCUCUAAGAAAUCCUUGGUGUUCUUGCUGAAGUUCCUCUCUGACCUGGUGCCCUAUGACCCUCCACACUACCUAAAGGUUCACAUCCUUCAUCCUCCCUAUGUAGCCGUGAAACACCGGAGCCUGCUGCUGGAGUAUGUCUCUCUGGCUAAAACCAGGUUAACUGACCUCAAGGUGUCAGUGGAGGACAUGGGUAUUUAUGAGGAUGUUUCUGGGGCACCUGGAGCUCCUGUGCAGCCUCAGUGCCAGGCUCUUCAGGAUGUGGAAAAGGCAGUGUCUCUGUUUGAGAACACAGGAAGGAUCUCUGCGACAGUCAUGGAGGCCAGUAUUUUUCGGAGGCCAUAUUUUCUGACACGGUUCCUCCCUGCUCUUCUGACACCAAGAGUGCUCCCUGUCACGGCUGAUUCACAGAUGAGUUUCAUAGAGGCUCUGAAAAAAGCGGAUAAGAUCCCCGCUGCCCAGUAUUCUUGUUAUAUCGAGUCCUGCCAAAAACAAAGACAGCAAGACAUGGGAAGACUGUGCAUGGAGAAUGAUAAUGGUCUUCAGGAGGUUCUCAGAGUUCAGCUUCAGGAGUUACAAGGCCUGACUGUUGACGGCAAUGAAGGAGAGAUAUUGUCACAGCUGUCCAGGAUCUCCCAUACCCUGAGUGUCAUCUUUCCAGAUGGUCCUGGUGGACUUAUUGGCCAGACUGUCAUCAAGCUUAACACAGACCCGUACCUGUGCCCUGAGCUACAUGUGAAAGUGGUCAACAUGAUCCUGAGAAACUUCUGCCAGUGUAUGCUAGACACAUCCAAAACUAAUCCCCCUAAUAAACAAAGCCCAUGGGCAGCCCAGUAUGUCAGCGUUCUGCUUGAUCACACACAGCUGGUCUCAGUCCUGGUGCACAGGCUAUGGGACCUGUUUCGUAACCAGGGAUCUUCGUUGAGUGCUGCCCAUGUACUUGGCUUGGCAGCCUUUGUAGUCCACCUCCACGCCACCAGCACCAAAAGUUCUCUGGUGCAGAUGAGUCUGCCCCAACAGUCCAAGCCUGUGUGUUUGACAGAGGCUCUUGGUUCUGCCCUUCUGUGCACCACACACACCAGCAUGUCCUUCUGUCUCAGGUUCUGUGUGGCAGCUUUGUGUUAUGGGAUUUGCAUCGGUGACUCAGUGUCACAACUACAGUUGGAUCACAUUCCCAUCAACCUCUAUAAGAAGCUUCUGUACCUCAUCCCAAGACUGGUGCCUGAAGCUCGAAGGACUCCAGUGACCAGCGAAUACCCCAGGGCCUCUGUUUUGUCUCUGGAAGAAAACCUGGAGGACAAUCACCCUGGGCUGUGGAGAAUCACCACAGACACCAAUACAACCUGGAGGAAGUCAGCCUGGCAGCUAUGGCAAAACACUGUCUUCCGUCAGCUUGUGCAACAACCAGAGCACCAGUUGUUUUUCUCAGAGUGGCUGGCAACUGAACUCAAAGUCAAGAGAAAUGAAGAUGCCCUGUCUGACCCAGAGAGGCAAGAGUACCAGCAGUGGGCCUGCAUGGCGUUCUACCUGUCUCGCCCUGUGGAGUUGGGGGGCUGUGGGGGAGACAUGAGGAACCUCUGCUCACACAUCGUCCAUGCAAUCAUGGACCAGCAACUAUGUGGCCAAAGCCAGGUGAACCCAGAGUACAGAAUAUCACAAACAGGCACCUGUCUUCCAGACAUCCUAUCCAGAUUACAGGAGCUGGUUUUUGACAUGGAACUGACUGGUCAGUCCAGCAGCCGUAGAAGGGAAGAUGGUGUGUUGGACUUCCUGUUAAUGCAGGUGUCCCAAAGGUGUUCCUCUUCCUUGACCUCUGACCCACAGAGCAUCAGCCCAGAACUCAGUCUGCAGCACACAAUGCAGACAUGGAACAGGGUAUUGCUGGCCCUACCAUCUGUGUUAUUUGUCAAGGUAAAGAAUGAAGGAGGGAGGACGACUUUGGACUGUCACACGCUGAUACAGCAUGUCAACCAGGAUCAGAGGAAGGUGUGUUCCCCAGCUGGCUUGCUACCCUACCACUUAACAGCACACUUCUUGAGAGGGAUCUUUAAUGCCAGUAUCCGGUGUGGUCAAUCAUCUGGAGAAGUCAACAAGGCCUGGUCUCAGAUCAGUCUGCACUGUCCCUUGCUUCUGGUUUCCACAGUGCACUGGUGGGACCAGCUUUCUCCUAUGCUAGCAUCACUAUGGCAUCGUCUCUGUGCUGGAGAGCCUCUACCAGAAAAGCUGCAACUCGUGGCUGACUGUCUUCACUGGGCCUGCAGCUCAAGUAAGAGUGUUCCAGCUCAUGUACCUUCAGCUCCUGCCCUGCUGUUUGCAGCCAGCCUGCAUUGUGCCUGGAAAGGUGCUGCAAGAGAUCGGGAGAUGAGCCAAGGAUUUAAGACCAUCCUGGAGAUGCUGGGACAAAAAAAGGAGAAGCAAAACAGACAGGUGCUGGUUUUUCUACUUUUCCUGUGCAUAAUUGACCUUCUCUCCUUCCUUCUUUGUCCUCAGGAGGAGGAGAGCUGUCCGAGUGCCAAAGAGCUGUGUGCAGACAUCCUGACCGUACUGAUAGAUUUUCCUGACUGGCUACUCAUCUUUAAGUCUCCAAAAGCUGAGCCGGACCUUUACCAGUCAGUUACCCUGGUGGCACCAGGCGAGUGCACCAGGCUGAUGCCUUGGGCCUUUUAUAGCUUACUGCUCAAGCUGAGUCCUGAGACGCUAGAGAGGGCUGUCAAUUGUCCAGGGUUCCUCCACACUGCUGUCCUUUGCUACAUCAAUCUGAUCCAACUGUUCCUGGAUGGAAAAACACCUAAUCCAAUCACAGAACCCGAUGGCAGUCAGAUGGAGCCAUUGCAGAUCUUGAGUAGAGCCCAGCACUUUCUCCUGACAACAAUCUCCCAGACCUCCUCAACCAUUCUCUCCUCCAACAUAUUUAGCCAGCUGGGGGCUCAGUGUGCAGAGCUGGACCCACAGGUAGCAGCAGCUCUGUCACUGCACCGUACUCCCAACAGACUCAGCCCGGAAAUGGAUUUCCUCUGAGUGGGGAAGAACAUUUUCAGUUGGAAACUAGCUAAUGAGAAUAUUUAGAGACAUAGUGAUGCCUAAUUUUCAGCAAACUAUUUUCCGUGGGAGGCAUGUUAUUUCUAGAAACUGUCACUGUUAAUGAUCAGAUUUUUUGAAACCUGAUUUAAUGUCAUCUGUUUUUCCUGCAAACACAUUGUCUGGUACAGCAGCACUAGCUUUUGCUGCAUCCACACUUAAAAAGGAGAUGAACCUGGAGACCAGCAAAAAUUCACAUGUUAUGUUACAGAAAAAAAGUCUGUAUUUGACAGUAAAAUUUGUAAUUCAUGUAAAAGUUGAAUUUCAAGUUAACAUUUUCCAAGUUUGUUUAAAGACCAUUUUGUACCAUAAUGCAAUCGGGACUUGUUCUACAAAAAAACCCAAAAAACCUUAUGCAUUAGUCCCUAAUACUAUUGAAAUACUUUCCAGCCCUUCUCUUUGUGUUUACAAUUCACAGAUAAUCAAAUGUGCAUUGUAAUAACUUAAUAAAACAUAGCUCAUGUUGUAAAGAAAUUCCAUGUUCCUGUGAUCCAUUAUAUACAAUCAUGUAUGAUCACUAUGCAGAUCAUAAAGGCAGAAAAUCUAAGUUGUGAGAAUAUUACACCAGCAAUAAUGAAGGGUACUCAGACAUCUCUGUGACUGUCAGGCCAGGGUCAGAUACAGAACUACAUAGAAAAGCAAUGUUUUAACUAUUUCAAUAGUCCACACACAAACUGUUGGCUUUAGUCAAUAGUUGUAAAUAUCAACUUUUACUUUUUUUUCUUUUCACGGAAGGUACUGCUGAAUUUCAUUUCCAACUUUAAUAUUUGACCCAUUCAAUUUGUUCUUUUACUCUCAAACCAUAACUGUUUUGUUCUCCACUAAGCUCUGCUUUCCUUAAUCCAUUCUCCGUCUCCAUAACGCAACAAUGUUUUGCAGUAUACUGCUCUCCCUCAAAACACACGAAUAAGAAAACAUGAACCUGAAGGACAGCCUGCUGCUCAAUGACAGAGGGCUCUACUUCCACGACUCAACACCCGGGUGCAAAUCACAGUUGAUUGUGGAAAAAGUCAACAGAGUCUGGUGGAAGACUAAGGACACAA